GAAAAUUCCGCGCAAAACAUUGCAUAUAUAAUGCUCACCAUAUCCGGCCCGUCUAUCGCCGGGCUGGCGGUUCCGCACCGCUCGGUGCAAUCCCUGGCAGUGUUCUCAGCGUGCUGCGGAGCGAAGAAGAACAAGAGCCCGCAGCCCCGGUGCGACUGAAGCCGAAGCCGCACAAAAAGGUCGCAACCGUGGCCAGCGCCCGCAAACGCUCACGCGCUGAGGAUCCGCAAGAUGAGGAUCUCCCAGCUCAGAAACGGCCAAAGCGGCAGCAGCGCAAGAGGGCUACCGCGCCGGCCAGCAAGACGCCAAGCGCCGCCUCAAAAGAAGGCUCGAGUGACUUCGGAAAGAAAAAAGAGGGUUUAGUUGAUGACUAUAUACUACUGCGCAUGCGCGAUAACAAAGGGAGGGAGGUGUAGCGCGUCAGUCCCGACGUGAUCGAUAGCCCCGUGGGUGGUGGAAGUGAUUGAGGAGAUAGCCGUUGAGCACUGGCACCAGUAACGUUGACUUUGAUUGAGCGCGAGGAUGCGCAGUGAGCUGCAGCGGCGGAAACGAGCCGAAGCACGAGCAUGACAUUUCUGACAACGAAGGUGAUGCACAAGCUAAGCCCACCACGCCAAGCCACGCAGACCAAGCCCCAUCAACCAAAUUCAAACUCCGACGUGCGGGGCAAGCCACUCACGCAAAGCCACGAUUUUCCGAUCAAAUAAACACAUUUACACCCACUUAUUGACACCCCCAUGUUGUCUUCCCUUCUCAAACUCCGAUACUACGCGGCGAGCCGCUUCGAUAAGCCAGCAAGCCAAGUUUUGCAAGCAUGAAUAGGUGGAGAACGUGGGUCAGUUAUAUCGGGACAUCUACCGUGGUAAGUGAAACUCAGCUGACUCGAUUCACGACCACGCUGCACCUACGGGCUUCGAAUCCGUGAUCUAGCGUCGUGGUGGAAAUGCACCUAGUCGGUGCCAGAGACCCCCCGGUCUAGGCGCGGCUUACACAUACCUAUCUGUCAAUGGGGCGGCACAGGCCCGCUCGAACAACGCGACGGACGUAACCGCGAGACGCUCUUGCCUCGUUCUGUCGCCAUCUGCGGUCUUAGCGAAGCCUUGCCGGAAAUAACCCUCGGCGACUUGUCGCCUCAGCUGUGCGGGAGCUGGGCGGCGUCUGCUGCGGCUGCAAAUAUGGCUCGCUGGUUUCCAUGACUGGGUACACAUUCCUCGAUCUCGCUCGUUGGUUUCUUUUGCGCUUCGAUAGCUACUGUCCUGACUCUGAUGGGCUAAGGUAUAAGAAGCAAAUCCAUGGGAGGGAGAGCAUAUCUCAACUUUUCUCUUUCUCCUCAUUCUACUCAUCAACUCUUUUCUCAAACUUUCUCAUGAGCAACUUGGAUUCGACAACGGUCGCCAUCUAUGGCCUUGUGGCCGUCCUCCCGGUUGCGAGUCUCCUCCUAUUCCAGAAGGUCAAUGAGAAGAACCCCGUCCCAGCAGUCAUCGGCUCGGAGGGCUUGAUCGCCUCAUUCAAGGCAGUGCGCUACUUCGUCGACGAGCCGCUCAAGGUCGUGCAGCAGGGUUACGACCAGUUCAAGGGCGGUGUGUUCAGAGUCCCCCGUCGCUGGCGCUGGGACUACAUCGUCUCGGGCAACCAGCGCAUCAAGGAAGUCGGCUCAGCUCCGGAGGAUGUUCUGUCCUUCAUUGAUGGAGCGGGAGAGGUCAUCCAGGCGAAGUACACGCAGGGCCAUGAGCUGUCGGACAACCCGUAUCAUAUCGCGGUCGUCCGGACGAGUCUGACGCGCAAUCUGGGGAAGAUCUUCCCUGAAGUGAGGGACGAGAUCGAGUGCGCGUUCGACGAGGUCUUCGCGCUGCCCGAAGACGACUGGAAACUUGUUCCUGUUCUUCCGUCCAUCAUGAAAGUGAUCGCGCGGACCAGCAAUCGUCUCUUUGUGGGACUCCCCCUGUGCAGAAAUGAAGACUUCCUUCGCUUGAACGUGCUCAACACAAUAGAGGUCGUUGAGCGUGGCCAGAAGCUGGCUGCCUACCCGGACUUCCUCAAACCGCUCGUCGCGCCGUUCAUCAUCACGAGGCAGAAGCGCAUGCGCGAGAUGUUAGGCUUUGUGGGCGACAUGAUCAAAGACCGCAUCGCCAAGGAUGAUGCGCUUGGUACCAACUAUGAAGGCAGACCUAACGACAUGAUCUCCUGGCUUCUCGAACUUGCCGACGCCGAAGGCAGAACCCCUGAUCGUAUCGCAGGACGCAUCCUGUCGCUCAAUAUGGCUGCUAUCCACACAACGUCAAUGGCUCUCACACACGCCAUCUUCUAUAUCACCACCUACCCGGAAUACCUCGAGCCUAUUCGUGAAGAGGUGGAGAAUGUCGUUCGGGCGGAGGGCUGGACCAAAUCAGCGCUGAACAGCAUGCACAAGCUGGACAGCUUCGUCAGAGAGACACAGCGGAUGGAGGGCAACGGACCAGUGACCAUGGCUCGCAAAGUCAUCGGAAAGGACGGUUUCACGUUCUCGGACGGAAUCAAUGUGCCUCGCGGAUCAUUCAUUUACGUUUCUGCGAAGCCCAUCCACUACGAUGCUAACCUGCAUGAAAACCCAAGGGUCUUCAAAGGGUUCCGCUACGCGCAACUUCGCGACGAAAAAGCCGACAAGCACACCGUCGAGGAGGGCAUCUUCAACAGCCACAUGGUCACGACCAGCAUGGAACAUCUGUCCUUCGGGCACGGAAAGCACGCCUGCCCCGGUCGCUUCUUCGCGGCCACUGAGAUCAAAGCGAUGUUGGCGCAUCUGAUCGUCAACUUCGAUAUGAAAGCCGAGGUGCCCGGUGUCCACCCCCCCAGUGAUGAGCAUGGGAUGGUUGCGGUGCCGAAUCAGAAGGCGGGAAUCUUCGUCCGCAGACGCCAAGUGUGAUCUCUAGCCUCCACACCACUGUUUAUAGCAUCACAACAUCACACUCUCUUUUACAUUUUACAUCCCAUUUCUUAGACAUUCCUCUUUAACUUGUCACUGAUGUCGAUGAUGCAAUCCGAUUGACUGUGCUCAACUUCAUCAUGUGGAAGUCCGUGUGUCAGAUACCUCCAGAUACAAGCUGAUUUUCCCAGCGAGAUACUUCUGCAUAAGGAGAUCUACUAACGCAUUCAAUCCGGCACUCUCGUUGGGAAAAGCGAACCUCACCUGGGACCUCGUUAUUCCUCUCAUCCCGCGCUGUGAAUGACGGAGGGUGCGCGUACGCG